AUGGACUCGCAGGGUGUUCCUCGGUUCUCUAGCUUUCGCCGCCCCGAUGCUGCUCCAGCCGACGUCACCGGCGCGGGCCCUGGUGACGAACGAGCGUCGUCGCCGAAUUAUGGUCGUCGUCGUCGCAAUGGUCGACGUGAAAGCAGACGUGAAGGCAGAAGAGAGCGCCGACGUCUGAUUGAAGAGCAGCAACGUGAAGGAAGCCAACAUUCGCUCGUUACUGAAAGCGAUGGAGAGAACGUGACGGGCACCCCGGCAAACGCGACAAACGCCCAUCCGAAUGCCAACCAUGCCACCAUCGCAGCCACCUCUCCCCCCGGAGAACACCCUCUCUACCUCGAAGAUGCUCGAGGCGACCCCCGAGUCGCUACCUACGGAAUUUCUCAAUAUGAUGUUCCCUCCUAUUAUCGCCAGGGCGGUAGUCUUGUUCUCGGUACCUCAGGUCAGCGCAUAACUCUCGAGUCUCGUCAUGAAAACGCCCUUGUACUCCACAUCCCCUCGGGACCAGCAGGAGACAGGCCCCUCCAUGCUAUGAAUAUCUCACGUUUGCCUGAAUACCCGCGUGAUCAAAUUCGCCCCAAUCCUACAGCCACGGCUAAUGAGUUUAUCACCCCCGAACACCUGCGUGAUUUCAUCUCUACUGAGGCCCCGUCGCAGCCCGGUGCUCCCGCAGAUGAAAAUCAAUUCAAGGACUAUCGUGCUGUUGAAAUCCCUGGUCAAUCCCGAACGGCCACAAUCGAAGAUUUCGAUGGCAAGAACGCCGCUUUCGCUGCGGCUGAAGCUGAAGCUCUGGCACGCAAUGCCGAGCUAACCAAGAUGGUAGAGUGUGAUCCUCAGGACAUCUCCACGUGGUUAUGUCUUGCCGAGCACCAAGAGCUUGUCAUCGCUGGUACACGAUAUGAUGACCGUCCCCUGGAUUACUCUGAAAUUCAGCUUGUGGCCAAGGCUAAACUGUCUGUGUAUGAACAAGCGAUCCAGGUGAACUCUGGAAAUCACAGUCUAGAUCAUCUCCUCCUUGGCCGUAUGGAGGAAGGUGCAAAGAUCUGGGACUCUGAUGAGCUCGAUCGUGAGUGGGAAAAAGUUCUCUCCUCCCACUCUGAAUUUCUCAGUUUGUGGAUCGAAUACCUUGACCACCGCCAGACUGAAUCGGCAAGUUUCUCCUUGGAAACUUGCUACAAGACCUACCGACACUGCUUGCAGUUGGCCAACGAAUUCGGCUUUGGGUUGUACAAAAAUCAGAUCAGAUCGUACUUGUUCCUCCGUAUGACCCUGCUCCUUCGGGAGUCGGGUUACGCAGAACUUGCCGUCGGUCUCUGGCAGGCAGUCCUCGAGUUUACAUGCUUCCGACCCACUCAUCUCACGGAUCGGGAUCAGACCCUCAAACAAUUCCAAGAUUUGUGGGCACCUUCCAAUGCGCGGAUCGGAGAGCGCGGGUGGAAAGCUUGGAACAGUGGAGAGGCAUCCCGGCGCAUGGAUGACGACCGCCAUAACUUCGGACCCGUCGCUAGUCUCCCAGACUUGUUUGGAACUUGGGCUAAAGCUGAAAGGGAGCUCAUGAACAAAGGCCAACUGCCGAAUCACUCCUUUGAUAAAAGCAUACCCUGGGACCCACCUUUCCGGGCAGUCUUGUAUCACGAUGCCAAGCAGAUACUGCCCUAUUUCUGGGAUUGCACGGAUAACUUCCAUCCCUUGAUCAAUGGGUUCCUUUACUUCUCGCAUCUUCCUGCGUUGGCGUCGGAAGAAAACAUACGCGGCACCCGCUUGUGGAGUGGUGAUGAGUUCCUUCGGAACGAGUACAUGGAUGAUUCUCAAAACACCAUCGCGGACUGGAUCAAGUUACAGCAAUCAGGCGAAACGACUGCCAACGAGCCUUUUGCGUUUCCUCACCAGAACUUUAUUCACAUGACAGACACCCUUUUCGCGGAUCCCGAGCAUUGGUUCUCCUCUCUCUCUAAGUGGGCUGAGAACACCUCUCACCCAUCAUCCGUCAUUGAUCAACACUUCACACGUCGAGUGGUUUACGGUCUAGCUGAUCAAUGUGGCGAUCAAGAAUUAGCUGAAUACUCUAUUGCACUCACCUUUGCUUGCGACAAAAACAUGGGCAAGAGAUAUGGAAAACAUGUCCAGAAACAGCAAACCACAAACCUGAAGAUUAUGAAUACGACCGCGCUCAUGCAGUGGCGUACCGAGAACUACGAUCAGGCCACCAAGGCUUGGUCGAAUGCAUUGACGAUUUCUCAAGGCUUCAACAGCACAGAGGUCGUGGGCUCUGCCUUAAUCUGGAUCUCGUGGAUCUGGGAACUUCUUCACACAGGGCAAGUCGGCCGAGUGGCCUACCUGUUACAGGCAAUGCCAUCCGGAGAAGUCGAUAUGCAAGCUUAUGCGGCAGCUGAUGAGAUCAAUAUCACACCCGCCAGCUUUCUUCGGCUCGACCGUUUCCUAAUGGCUGCACAGCAGAGCGCCUUUAACUUCGCCAACUCACAGGCUUACGCAGCAUACACCGAUUGCCACGCCAUUGCUCUUUACAUUAUGGGUGAUCCACUCACGUCUAUUCUCAAAGACUAUGACAUUGCGUUCGCUGCACUUGACAAGCUUCCAGAGGACACCAAGGUCUUCACAGGUGAGAUCCUGCAUCAAUCCCGAGCCCGGUUUAUCCACAUGUGGGUGGAGACAAAGAGAGGCCAGUUCAGCCCGCGCGAAAUUCGUGAGCGUUUACUCCAAAGCUUGCAAUGGUGGCCCCAUAACACGCUUUUCUUGUCUUUGUUCAAGUGGAAUGACGCACGGGUUAUCAUGAUGGACCGCACUCGCGACAUCUUUGAGGUCGCCGGAAGAGGUGCGAACGCUUCGAACGACCCCAACAACCUCCACCGGGUGCCCAUCACAACCCAUCUCUUUAGCAUCUACAUCGAGAUGGGGCGCCCAGUGACUUUUGGAUCGACCUCCCACUCGAUCCGAGCAGCAUUCGAGCGGGCCCUUGCCGGCGCGGGUACCUCCGUCGGAAAGAUCCCACCCCGCAAGCAUGUCUACGAGCUGACGAGUUCCGUGUCGGCCCAGAACAGCCUCACUUUGUGGAGGCUCUACUUCCUGUUUGAGCUCUACGCCGAGCAGAAUGUGACCCGCGCCCGCGAAGUCUACUUCCGGGCCGUGCGCUCCUGCCCUUGGGCAAAGGAGCUGUACAUGCUCGGGUUCGAGCACCUCCGCGCCGACUUGACCGCGGCGCUCCCCGGCUCUCGGGGGACUUCCGGGGACUGGCCACCCCCCCAGGGACUCACCAUCCCUGAGCUCCGUGCUAUGUACAUGGAGAUGGCGCGACGUGGACUCCGGAUCCACCACACCGUGGAUGGGUACUGGGGGCGCAAGGACGCGAACGGUGAGGUGAAGGAGGAAGGCCACGACGAACAGGUGGUGAAGAUGGAGGGCGCUGAGAUGUAA